AAAGCUUUCGCCCGGCUCCCUCCUGCUCCACUCCGGCCUCGCCACCUCUGCUCCCAUUUCAGCUCUGUGCACUCACCUGCUCAGGACAUUUCUGCUCCUCCUGUGUCCUGCUGCUGACAGAAGACAGAGGACAUCAUGUCUGCAGUUACGGGCACGUUCCGCAUCGUGUCGGAGGAGGAGCAGGCGCUGCGCUCCAAGCUGGAGCGCCUCACCACCAAGGACCACGGGCCUGUCUUUGGGAGGUGCGAGAAGAUCCCCCCACACACCCUGCAGAAGGCAAAGGACGAGCUGAACGAGACGGAGGAGAAGCGGGAGGUGGCGGUGAAGGCGCUGCGGGAGCUGGUGCAGGAGCGGGCGGGCGGUGAGGAUGUUUGCCAGAAGGUGGCCGAGAAGGUGCAGGAGAGGGACGACUCCUUCCUGCUCCGCUUCAUCCGCGCCCGCAAGUUCGACGUGCACAGAGCCUAUGACCUGCUGAAAGGCUACGUGAAUUUCCGGCAGCAGUACCCGGAGCUGUUUGACAACCUGAGCCCCGAGGCGGUGCGCAGCACCAUCGAGGCCGGCUACCCCGGCAUCCUGGCCAGCAGGGACAAGUACGGCCGCGUGGUGAUGCUCUUCAACAUCGAGAACUGGGACUACGAGGAAAUCACCUUCGAUGAGAUCCUUCGUGCCUAUUGUAUUAUCUUGGAGAAGCUGCUGGAGAAUGAAGAGACCCAGAUCAACGGGUUCUGCAUCAUUGAGAACUUCAAGGGCUUCACCAUGCAGCAGGCAUCAGGGAUCAAACCCUCCGAGCUCAAGAAGAUGGUGGACAUGCUGCAGGACUCCUUCCCAGCGCGGUUCAAGGCUGUCCACUUCAUCCACCAGCCUUGGUACUUCACCACCACCUACAACGUGGUCAAACCCUUCCUGAAGAGCAAACUGCUGGAGAGGGUCUUUGUGCAUGGUGAGGAGCUGGAAUCCUUCUACCAGGAGAUCGAUGCUGAUAUCUUGCCAGCAGACUUUGGUGGCAACCUGCCCAAGUACGAUGGCAAAGCAACUGCAGAGAAGCUCUUUGGGCCUCGCAUCGAGUCUGAGGACACAGCUCUCUAAAGCAGGAGCCUGCUGCUCUCCCCUGUACCAGAGCACCAGAGGUGGCCCUCUAACCCCACCACCUCCCUCCUGUAGCGUUGCUUGAGUGACUGUUCGUGCUGCAGCAGCCUGGGUGUGCUGCUCCAUGCCUGACCCUCCUGUCCCCACUCCAGGCACAGGGCUGUCCCUCCCAGGCACAGCAUCCUUCCCUCUGGAGCUGCUGGGGAAAGGAGGCCACCAGCCCUCUCCCACAGCCUUUCCUGGAGCUGCAAGGGGAGGACAGGAGAGUGUCUGCUCUGGGAAGGGAGGGCUACAGUGAGGGAGAAAUAAAGUGUUUAAAGCAGA